AUGACGACUUCAGGGUUGACGAUUGUGAUAAAACUCGGAACGAGUUCAAUCGUUGACGAGAAGAGCCACGAACCUAUUCUCUCGAUAUUGACUUUGAUUGUCGAAACGGUAGCAAAAUUGCGCAAGGAUGGACACCGAGUUGUUCUCGUCUCAUCUGGCGCGGUGGGAGUAGGGCUGCGGAGGAUGGACGUCGACAAAAGACCAACAUAUCUGCCCCGGAUACAGGCACUUGCUGCCGUUGGCCAAUGUCGGCUGAUGAGUCUUUGGGAUAAUCUCUUCUCACACCUACGAGUUCCUGUGGCGCAAAUUCUCUUGACAAGAAAUGACAUUGCAGAUAAUACCCAAUAUGUCAACGCCCAAAAUACAUUCGAGCAGCUGUUCGACAUGGGAGUGGUGCCCAUUGUGAACGAGAAUGAUACCCUAGCAGUUUCUGAAAUCAAAUUCGGCGACAAUGAUACUCUCUCGGCUAUCACUGCAGCCGCAGUCAAAGCCGACUAUCUGUUUUUGAUGACCGACGUCGACUGCCUUUAUACCACCAACCCACGCAACGACCCAAAUGCCAAGCCCAUCGAGGUUGUCUCUGACAUAUCAACUCUCGAGGCUGAUGUCUCGUCCGCAGGGUCAUCCUUAGGAACCGGCGGCAUGAGCACAAAGAUCUCAGCAGCAAAGCUAGGAACCAGUGCCGGCGUGACCACAAUCAUCACCAAGAGCUCCAAACCCGGUAACGUCCACGAGAUUGUGAGCUACUUGCAACAAACCCAGGACAGUACAAUCGCUGGCGAUAUCCCUCUCCCUCCCCUCCACACUCGAUUCCUUCCAUCCGAUACCCCAAUUCAUUCGCGAACAUUUUGGUUGCUCCAUGGGCUCACGCCCCACGGUACCAUAUAUAUUGACCAUGGGGCGUAUAAUGCACUUCUCAACAAAGCCAGUCUCCUUCCGGCAGGUGUCGUUGCUGUUGAAGGCCACUUUGGGCAACAGGACGCAGUGCGCUUAGUUGUUGUGGAACGACCUUCUUCAGAUGCUCUGGAUGGAGAUUUUGCUCAUCACGCCCAGGAGCCGAAGGAGGUUGGCCGGGCUAUUGUAAACUACGGCAGCAUUGAAAUUGCCCAUAUCAAGGGUCAUCGAAGCAACCAGAUUGCAGCACUUCUUGGAUAUGCAGAUAGCGACUAUGUUGCGCUGCGUGACAACAUCUCUUUCCAUCCCGAGGACCGACACAGUCACCCGGCAACUCCCAUAACACCCGCAUUGGAGGAAUGGAAGUCUUGA